UACAGAACCGAAAGUGUGCACAGAUUCGAAAGUCGUCCACUGUAAAAUUUUCUUGCAAAUUAAGUUGUUCAAAUGGGAGAGAAUUGGAGUAAUCGGUUUGGUUCGAGUGCAAAAUAAUAAAAACUUUAAUCAGAAACAUUUCAAGAAUUUAGUGAAAACAAAAAAUUAUCAUUUUGACCCGCUGCCCGUUGAAUUAGAUAGCUGUGCGCGCUAUUGGCUAAUAAAUGUAGCAUAAAUUGCGAAUGUAAACGUAGAUUUUAGUAUAUUCGAUCAUCUCUUGUUGAAGAGGUUUCUGGCAGAGACCGCAGAAUCAGCCAAUCAAUAUUAAGAUGAUUCCUGUACUAAAAUUAUUGAUCGGCAUAGCAGCUGUUGACCAUUGUUUAGGCAAUGCCUUACAGUCGCCGAGUGAAACAGCUCUGACUGGAAUAUGUGCCACACACAUGUUUCCCGGAAAAUGUGACCUUUACAAUGAAAAUGGCUCGAUUGAAGUGUAUCGAAACGUAAGGUUAAUGUGGUUCGACAAAACUCCAGAGAUCGAUUACAUUCCAACCGCAAUAUUUGUCAAGUUUCCGAGACUACGACAUUUGCGUCUGAGCAACGGCAUACGAACGAUAGACAAAGCUGUUUUCACAAACGCCACCGAACUGCUCACUCUGGAGUUGCCCGGAAACAAGUUGAAAGUCGUACCGGAGGGAGUGUUUUCGCACGCUACUACUCUGCGACAGAUUCAUUUGUGUUCGAAUGAAAUAGCAGUGAUCGAAAGUGGAGCUUUCUCGCAACUACCAAAUCUGGUGAUGCUUGACCUGAGCUCUAAUUUUAUUGAAACGAUUCGGGACGGUACCUUUUCGUACAUCACAAAUUUGGAAGUCCUAGAUUUGAACAACAAUGCAAUCAGUACAAUCGAAGGAAAUGCAUUCAAAAUGCCCAACUUGAAGUCGUUGCUUUUAAGCAAAAAUAAAAUUCACAUUUUGUUCGACGAAAUAUUUACCGUAGCGCCUCGCUUAUCUUAUUUGGAAUUAAUGUCCACAAAUUUGCACCACAUCAAUAAUGCGUUGAAAAACCUUCCCGAACUGCUCACACUUCAUCUGAGCGAUAACGAUCAAGUGCAAGAUCUUCACUUGCAAGAUUUUAUUCAAUUACCCCAGCUGCAAGGACUUUCGUUACGCAACACAAGUGUAAAACUAUCCGACGAUCUUACGAAUAUGACAUCCAGCUCACAUCUCCUCCACCUGGACCUGUCGCACAACAACAUCACAGACGCAAAUAUUUUCUACAAAUUGACCGCGUUUGCUGAACUGCAGCAGGUGAAUCUGGAACAUAAUGCGAUGGUGCAACUUGAAGGUUUGGAACUUAUUGGCGAACACUUCAAAUCGUUAACGGAAAUCGGUGUCUUUGGCAGUGAACAAUUAAAGACCAGGUCUAGCAUCGCGGGACAGACUAGUUUUGUAAUUGAUUCGGAGCUUGCGUCUAAAAUCUUGGUAAGAAAUUGGCAUAAUACGACCGAUGAGCAGAGGUUUAUUGAGUACGCCAAUGAAGUAAUCAAUCAUGGAGGUUAAUAUACUUGGUACACGCGCCUGCAUUUUGUACGACAAAUCUGUCAAAGAUGGAUAAACUAAAGAGGAAAUACA